UUUUUCAGCGUUCGGGAAGCAGAUCAAACCCUACCCUUUUUUUUUUUUUCCUUCCUCUUAAAAAACAGAGCAGAUAACAAGCAACGAUUCAGAGCAGAGGGUGGGUGAAGACUUGCCUGACUCGAGGCCGGGCACAAGCUGUGGACUUUUUUUUAAUUUUCCACCGCCCUGUUAGUUCUGAUCCAGGACUCAUUGGGACCUCUCCCCCCUCUUCCCUUUGGAAUACCGCUGCAGGGCUGGGAAUUUCAUCCCAGUCUCGCUCCUGCUCCUUCCAGCUCAGCCAGCCCCAUUCUAGGAUGCUGUGAAGGAUGGUCCACCAGGAAAACUGUUCUUACAAGGCCCAGAAGAAUGAGAGGGAGUCAAUCAGGCAGAAGUUGGCCCUGGGCAGUUUCUUCGACGAUGGCCCGGGCAUCUACACGAGCUGCAGCAAGAGCGGCAAACCCAGCCUGUCCUCACGGCUGCAGAGCGGCAUGAACCUGCAGAUCUGUUUUGUCAAUGACAGCGGCAGCGACAAGGACAGCGAUGCGGACGACAGCAAGACUGAGACCAGCCUGGACACACCGCUGUCCCCCAUGUCCAAGCAGAGCUCCUCCUACUCGGACCGGGACACCACGGAGGACGACUCGGAGUCCCUGGAGGACAUGGACUUUUUGAGUCGGCAGAAGAAGCUGCAGGCCGAGGCGAAGUUAGCCCUGGCCAUGGCCAAGCCCAUGGCCAAGAUGCAGGUGGAGGUGGAGAAACAGAACCGCAAAAAGUCGCCAGUGGCCGACCUGCUUCCACACAUGCCUCAUAUCAGCGAGUGUCUAAUGAAAAGAAGUCUGAAACCCACCGACUUGAGAGACAUGACACUGGGGCAGCUUCAGGUUAUAGUCAACGACCUGCAUUCCCAGAUUGAAAGUCUGAAUGAGGAGCUUGUACAGUUGCUACUGAUUCGGGAUGAGCUACACAUGGAGCAGGACGCCAUGCUGGUUGACAUUGAGGACCUCACCAGGCAUGCCGAGAGCCAGCAGAAACAUUUGGCUGAGAGAACCCUAUCCAAAUAAGACGCCCGUCCUUCCACUGUCCCCGCUCCCGUCUGUUUCCCUUCUGCCGAGAUGAAACCUUUCCUCCCUGGAUCACUUCCUCUGCACCCUGUGUCUA